CCAUGUUCCGCAGCCUGCUGGUGGCGGCGGCGGCGCAGCGGCCGCAGGCCCCGGGCGGGUCCCCCCGGCCGCCGCCGCCCGCCGGCCCCGCCGCCGAGGCGCUGGAGGCGCAGUUCAGCUGCCCCAUCUGCCUGGAGGUCUAUCACCGCGCCGUCGGCAUCGCGGGCUGCGGCCACACGUUUUGUGGAGAGUGCCUGCAGCCCUGCCUCCAAGUGCCCUCUCCACUGUGCCCGCUCUGCCGCAUGCCCUUCGACCCCAAGAAGGUAGAGAAGGCCUCCAAUGUGGAGAAACAGCUGUCGUCCUACAAGGCUCCUUGCAGAGGCUGCAGCAAGAAGGUAACCCUAGCAAAAAUGCGCUCUCACAUCUCAUCCUGUGCGAAGGUACAAGAGCAGAUGGCCAACUGCCCGAAGUUCGUCCCUGUCGUCCCCACAUCCCAGCCCAUCCCCAGCAAUAUUCCCAAUCGCUCAACGUUCGUGUGUCCAUACUGUGGGGCCCGGAACUUGGACCAGCAGGAGCUAGUCAAGCACUGCAUGGAGAAUCACCGCAAUGACCCCAACAAAGUGGUGUGCCCAGUCUGCUCAGCCAUGCCCUGGGGUGACCCGAGCUACAAGAGCGCCAACUUCCUGCAGCAUCUCCUCCACAGGCACAAGUUCUCCUAUGACACCUUUGUGGACUAUAAUAUCGAUGAGGAAGCAGCGUUGCAGGCUGCCCUGGCACUGUCCCUCUCCGAGAACUGAAGGUGACUGCGGAGCAUCGGUUCAGACCCCUCUCUCAUAUCUCUUCUCCUCUUGCACACUCAGCCUUCCUGCUGAGGAGGUACGGAGCUCCUUGGCCUCUCGGCACCCCCAGAGACCCACCACCUCUCUUCCAACUUCUUUCUGGGCUGAUCCCACCUUGUUUAAGAAGGUGGAGUCUCUUUAGCAUCACACUGGACUGGUUGGUGAGUGAGCAGAGACAUUCCCUGUUGGGAGCAGAGUGAUGUCUGUGCCGGAGGACUGGGAUUGUUCCUCAGUUGGGCGUUUCAUAUCCAUAUACGGAGUAUAUACCUGUAUCCAGAUCUAUUUAUUAUUAGAUGCUUUUUGGCACCAUUCGUCUUCAUGCUCUUUGUUGCAAUUUAAUAGGUAUGUAAAACUAUGAUGCAUUUUAUGCAAAAAUGCGCUAGUUUUAAACUGGAAUCAUCCAUGUUCUUUUAAAAAAAGGAAGAAAACAGCAUGGAGCCUUUUUUAAACCCCACGUGGCUAUUUCUGGAGAUACUGGUCUGUUCUGUCCCCCACGCUGUGGGCAAGAGCUGCCUUGUUUUCCUGCUACUGCACAGGCAAGGCCAAAAACAGACUGGGCUAAAUCCCGAAGCAAGACUGUUGCCCUCGUGCACUGUGACGCCAGAGGGUUCAGAAGAGUCUGCAGGGAGCCAUGGACUGUCCUGGCAUCCAGCAUUCAGUGAAACUCUUACCUUUCUCAUUUUGUACUAGCUCUUGUGAUACUAGGAGUUCUUGCAUUUUUCUACAUUAAUCGGUGUGAUACCUUUUCCACGUUUUAUAGAGCAGGAACAGAAGCUAUUACUCUUCACACUGCAAUAUCUGUGACUGGGGACAAGAGUAUUUUUAUGGAACAUUAUUAAGAAAGUAUAUUUUUUAAAAAAACAAACAAACAUGCUGUGGAUUUGCAAUUGGCUGGGAGGGAGAUGUUGGACCCUGGACCUGUGGGUGGGGCUCUGCCUGGGCAAUGGGAAGUGCAUGGGUUUCCUGUUUUGUUAUUUCUGGGCUGUUCUGUUUCUCCGUUAGUUUGUUUCUUUGUACGUGAGUGAUGUUGCAGGAGAGACCAGGUUAGAGCAGCACCUUGUGGGCAGAGCUUGUUGGCUGGAGAAGCAAAUCAGAAACACAGCUAGGCCAUUGGGUCCCUUUUGGGAAGAGAAUUGUACAGUAAGGUACGAGCAGUGUGCCGAGUGGCUCAGAGGGCUGCCUUGUUUGGGGGGGAAAGCAGCCCUUUGUGCUCUCCAAGAGCUGGUCUGCUGGCUGCGAUCUCCGGGCCAUUAACCCUCUCCAGUGUGUGUGGCCAGGCUCUUUGUGUUCUUGCCAAGUGGGAUGACUGGAGCAACUCUCGCUCAGCUGGCUUUAGCAGUGCUUUCUGCUGUAAAUGCAGGCCUAAUGUUGAUGGAUGGGUUUCCCUCCCCUACCUGAAGUUUGAUCUCUCAAAUGCUUGUAGUUAAACGAUGAGCUAUGGUGUUUGAGCAUAGAGCCAAGAGCAGGGGGUCCAGCCUGCAGUGGUAGGCUUGUGAAAACUCUGCCAGGAAAUGCCCAGGUUUGAUUUUCCUCCAUCUGGGACAGUUGGGAAUCCACAGAAAACCUGCCACGCUCCUGUAACUUCUUGGCAAAAGAGAUCUAGCGUGGCACUAGAAGGAGGAUUUCACUGUGAGACUUCGUAUGCCAGAUUCCUAACACAGCAAGCAGCAUUAACAUCUCUGUAGGCAGAGCUGCUCUGUGGUGGGAGCAGGUGCCUGGUGCUAGAUGUGGCUGUGGGCAGGAGCACACAGAUGGCAGGUGUAAUCCACAGUGGCAGUUUCUGUCUGCAGUGUGCAACCAACCAAGCAGGUGGAUUAGUUCCAGGCAGCUGACAGGCAGUGCAGAGCGGCUGGGUUGUGUCCAGGUGAUGUGUGGCGGGGAGGGACAUCUGUAUGUGCUCUCUGUGCUAGAAUCCCAACCCUGAUGCAGAGCAUCUUGUCCCCCCUCCAAAACACAGGACUGCAUCUCCCUCCCCCAGGAUUCUCUGGGAAUAAGGCACACCUGGGCAGAUGCUGAUCCGAGAGAUACUCCUCCGAAGCAAGCGCUGUGUCUGCCUGCUGCCCUCAUGUGAUGUGGUGCCCUGGUCCGAGGUGGAAGGGACAGCUUUCUUCUGCUUGCUCUCAAGCUCCUGCCCUUGUGAUGCAGUGGGAUGGCCACAGUGUUUUGCCCUUGCACUAGUUCGGGUUGCACUGCAGGACUUACGGAAGAGGCCGUGCCUCUUCCCCAUGCGUGGCCCCUUCUGUCGUUCUCACCCUGGCUGUGCUGCAGCCUGCCCAGGCCAGCUGACCUGUGUUGCACAUCAUCCCUUUGCUCUUGGUACGUGCUGCUGGUUGCUUCCAGUCUGCUCAACUGGGUGCAAGUGGUAGGGAGAUCUGUUGCCAGCCUCUGAGCCAGCUGCUGCUGUCCUCAGCACAAUGGAGCGAUCCCCACGUGCAGCAAAAAUCACUUCCCAUCUAAAGAGAUGUCACUGGAGCCAUGUGCUGGGGCCCUGCCCUCCUUUGGGGUCACGCAAGAUCAGCACAAGCCUCGCAGUCAAUUAACUGCAGCGAGGUGAUGGUGCAUGAAGUCUGCAGACCCGCUGAUUCAGCACUAAACUUGCAGCCAAGUUGACGUCUCAUUCAUACAGGGGUUUGCGGAGAGGGGGUGGGAAAAUGGGCAGCAGCCCCUCGCUGUGCACUGCCGGGGUGUCACGGGAUACAGGCCGGGAGGCACAACUCCGCUCGAGAGCGGACCUGGUAGAAGUUGCACCGGUUUGUGUAGAGGUCAGUAUUGACCUCGUCUUCCCACCAGCUCUGCCUCUGUUUGGAGAUUAAUCAAGGGACCUGUAAAGGUCAGAACUAUCUGGGCAGCUAUGCCAGAGCUUGCGCGGUACGCCUGGUCCCUUGGCAGUGCCAGUUCAGUUGAUGCUAUAGAGAAGAGCAGAAGUGGAGUGUCACCUGGGCUGCUGGGUGACAAAUGUGUCUGGUGUCAGAUCUGUGACAUCAGUGCAGUUACCAGGCACAGAGCGACAUCGCAGGGAAACCCUGCUCCCCUCGCCUGCUUCGCCCUGCCCAGUUCUGCAUGUCGCCUGGUAUGUCCCUGCAGGCGGGGAGCUGGGGACGUGCUGUGCCCUGUCAGGGGAGGGGACCCAGAUGCUGGCUGCGUCCCACUGUGCAGGUCCCUGCAGGGGGAGCAGCGGCCACGCACAUCGUGGAGGCUGUGAUUUAUCAGAGGUGCCCAAAGGAGAGGGUGACUCGUGUAGGUGUCCGGUGCUGUCAGCGCUCCUGGGGUCUGCUCAGCCAUGGUUGCUGCUGCUGGGGCCUCACCAGGCAGUGGGUCCCGGCAGGAGCCCAGAGGCACAGGAUACCGGAGCCUUGCGGAUGUGGCAGGAUGCCUGGGGGUCGCUCGCUGGGGGUGGAGGCUGGGAAUCCCUUUGAGAAAGGUGCUGCAGGCAGGGGAAACAGUGUGGGCAAGCUAGAGGCAAACAGCUCCUCCGUGGUCCUGGGGCAGUUUUCUGCUUGCGCGAGCUGCCCUGGCAGAUGAGGCUCUGCCUGGCCAGAGCUGUCGGGGUGGAAAGGCCCCUCAGUUUAAUGUCUUGGCUGUUGAGGUUUGGUUUUGUCCAACUAAAUCUGUAGCCCUGCAGCACAGAGAGUCUAGGGGUUUGGAUUGCCCCCAGAGGAAAGGAUGCAGGGUUUGGGGUCGUGUGGUCCUUGCAAGGCUUGUACGUGGCUUUGGCUGUUCCACUGCUGAGCCUGUCUUAACCAGGAUGGAGAGAGGUCGGUGUCCUCGAUGGUCUGUUUGUUCUGGAUAUCUCCUGUGCCUGCUGAAUCUGUGCUGCUAGCACAUGAUUCAAGCAGGAGAGGGGGGUGCGUGGGCUCUUCCCUGUAGCCUGGGAAGCACACAGAUGAGCUGCGUCCCAGCCCAGAAAGCAAUCCUCUCCAGAGCCUGUUGGUUUGAGAAUGGCCUCUCAAAGGAUCAAGUCCCACCUCUAAAGAUGCUGGAGCUCUUUGGUGGGGCUGUGGGCUAUCGGAGCGCCUUUGCUAUGGGGUCAGGCUCUGUACAGCAGCUAUGUGGAGGUGUUUGACCCCAUGUGGUUGCUGAACUGCAGUAAUGUGAUUAAAAAAUGGUACUGAAACCCCUUGUUGCCUCUGCCCUGGAGGAGACAUGCUUGUGUUGGGUUACUGCGGUGCAGCUGAUGCUUGGUGCCUCGAGUGUGCCAGAGGCCUGGCUGCUAAGCCGUCCCUGCACAUUACUGCCGGGAGGAGCACCCUUUCAUGGUUUACCCAAGAGACUUGUUUCCCUCCAGCUCUGCUUUAGCAAUACUGUAUCUUUUUUACCUUGAUCGAAAUAGUAACGAGUGUUUUGCAGGGCUGUGAGCUUCCCAGAGCCGCUGGCAGUCCUACGAGGAGCCCGCAGAGCUGGACAGGCCCCCUCGCACCAUCUGGUCCCCUAGCUGAGGGCUCAACGGGUGCAGGCCACAUGGAAAGGGCUGGAGCUUCUCUACUCCCAUCCCUCGAGUGGGGUUUAGCGUGAAGGGACAGUGUCUUCUCUUACCAGCGCUGUAUGCUCAGCAAACUGAGAGCCCUCUUGCCUUGCCCAGGACUUUCCCUAAUUCCCGAGGGGAAGGUGAGCAGCGGGAUCUCUCCCACCGCAGUCUCCUGGGGGGCACCCCAGCUGCGCGUGUGGGAGCUGAGCCCCUCACCUGUCUGAGGCAGCGCUGUUAACGUCUCUGUUUCCUUCCUUCCUUCCUCCUUUCUGCCCCAGCAAUACCAGAGCAGGGGCAGCAACCGCUGCUUUUGUAAAGCACUUUAAGGCCCAGGCUGCGAUGCUGCAGGCAUGCGCUGCGCUCUGCAGGCAGCUCCCGCGCGUGUCUCACCUCCUCUUUGCAAGGGGUUUGGGUACGGCCGUGCCCGACGGGCCGUGGUGCCGCCCGGGCUGUGCCCAUGGCUCUGGGCACAGGGAGGCUCCCGCCGUGCCAGUGGCCAUGCUGUUCAGUGUGUUACUUGUGACUUUUUUCAUAACAACUAGAACUUUUAACGAGACGUACUGUUUUUUGAAGAAGAAGAAGAAAACAAAAAUCAAUGACAUAUUUGUAGCAAACCAUUUUUCUCAAUAAAGGCAGUUUCAUCCA